GGAAUAAUACCGCGGUUUUUGAUGUUACCGGUCAUUGGAUGCGAAGAGUAUCAAAAUGAUUAAACCGGCUUUUAAAACGUAUAUGUUUUAAAAGAACAAAAAAUCUAUUCACAAUAUUUCAGUCAGCUGUUAAGUUCGGCAGUGUAUUGUUAAAUUUGUGGAAAAAUAGCCAAGAAUGCAUCUUUAGAAAAAUGAAACUAAGUGUCGGUGUUUUAGUUUUAAUUUCUGUGUAUUUUAAGUGUUUUGAGGUUCAUUCACAGUUGCAGCCAUUCUACGAUAUCAAAUACUGGCGAUGUGUUAUCAAAAAGACCUACGAGUGUCCUGACAACGACAUAAAAUAUUAUUUAUAUACUCCAGAAACUGGCAAAAAAAGGCUUAGAAUAGACAUAAGAAACCAUUUAUCUUUGCGACUAUCGGGAUUUGAUCCUGACAGAAAAAACGCGAUCAUUAUUCAUGGAUUUAAUGGAACGGAGAGCAAAACACCGAUGACAGUUCUACGAGACGCGUUCCUGUAUAGAAGAGACUAUAACAUUUUUACGAUAGACUGGGCAGACCUCACUACAUUUCCGUGCUAUCUGUCAUCAUUAUCUAAUACACGUGUCGUGUCUCAAUGUACUGCAAAACUGUAUGCCUUUAUUAUGGACCAUGGUGGAGACGCUACGCAAACGAUGUGUGUUGGUCAUUCCUUAGGUGCUCAUAUCUGCGGUAUGGUCAGUAAUCAUCUUAGCUUAAAACAGCAUAAAAUAGUAGGAUUAGAUCCAGCCAGACCUCUUAUAGAUCGAUACGCCAAUAAAUAUUUUAGACUGACGAAAGACGAUGCUCACCAAGUACAAAUAAUUCACACCAAUGCUGGAUUUUUAGGAGAGGUUAAUCAAGUUGGCCACGUCGAUUUCUGUGUUAAUGGCGGAAUGAGACAGCCUGGCUGCAAAGGCAGAAGAAUACGUAUUGCUAGAUGUAGUCACUUUCAAAGCGCUUGUUAUUUUGCCAAAACUGUCAAAUAUCCGGAUUCUAUCAUGGGACGACCUUGCGAUGCUAAAUGCCCAAAAAUAGAUAGAAAAUGGGGAUACUUACCUGGAAAAUCUAUACCAAUGGGACACGAUACGCCGUACGGAAUAUAUGGAAGCUACUGUGUAAAUACUGAUACUAAAAAAGACUGCCCAUUCGAGUAACAACUACAAAAUGUACAAUCUCGCAUCAAU